UGUCAGCCAAGUCUAAGCUGUGAAAAUACACAGAUAUGGAGUUGGCAAUCUUGUAAAUUUUGUGACUGGGUCUUUCCGAUCAUUACAAUCUAACUGUGAAGGACAAAUAAGAUCAAGAUGUUCCGUCAAACGACUAACCUGGUACCCCGGGUAUCAGCAAUUGCUCCACAACAAAACCAACAGAGAGGCAUGGCCACUCUAAAAGCUAUCUCUAUUCGUUUAAAAUCAGUCAAAAACAUUCAGAAGAUCACCCAGUCCAUGAAGAUGGUGUCAGCUGCUAAAUACAAUCAUGCUGAGCGAGAUUUAAAACAAGCAAGGCCUUUGGGUCAAGGAACCAAAAUCUUUUAUGAACAAGCAGAAAUCAAACCACCUGAAACUGAACCAAAACAACUAAUGAUCGCUGUAACGAGUGAUCGAGGUCUUUGUGGAGCCGUCCACAGUGGAGUUUCUCGUAAUAUUCGUGAUAAAUUACUUGCAGAUUCCAAUUUACGUGAAAACACUAAAAUUAUUUGCAUUGGAGAAAAAUCAAGAGCAAUACUAUCACGAAUGUUUGCUAAUAAUAUUCUCUUCGUUGCAUCUGAAGUAGGUCGACGACCACCAACAUUUACUGAUGCUUCCAAAAUUGCUAAUGAGGUCAUGAACUCUGGAUAUAGUUUUGGAUCUGGAAGCAUCGUCUAUAACAGAUUUAGAUCUGUAGUAUCUUACAAAAUUGAUGAACUGCCAUUAUUUGACAAACAAGCUGUAACAGCUUCCCCAAAGCUUUCCAUUUAUGAUUCUAUUGAUGAGGAUGUUCUUCAAAGCUAUUUGGAGUUCUCUUUAGCCUCAUUGCUUUUCUAUUCCAUGAAAGAAGGUGCAUGCAGUGAACAAUCCAGCAGAAUGACUGCUAUGGAUAACGCUAGCAAAAAUGCCGGUGAAAUGAUUGAUAAACUUACUUUAACAUUCAACCGUACUCGUCAAGCUGUCAUUACUCGAGAACUUAUUGAAAUUAUUUCCGGAGCUGCUGCGUUGGAUUAAUCAGGAAAAUAAAGUGUAUAGUCGACCAAGUUGGCAAGUGAAAAUAAUACACAUAUUAUAAAUUAUAAUAAAUAAUUGAGUUUACAAUAAUAAUUAGAAAAUUAAAAUAACUA